UAGAGCUUCCCUAACAAAAAUAAAAAUCUUGCAUUAUCAAUCCCCAAUUUCCGAUUCACAAUCCCUUAAACCCUAAUCAGUAAAACCCACAACUACAGUCUACAGCACCCGAGAGAAAGAGAAAAGAAACAACAAUGGCGUGGCGAACUGGAUCAUUCUCAAGGUCUUUCCUCAACGCUACCAGAUCUCCUUCCAUCCGACGUUCCACCACCUUCCGCCGCCCUACUUCACCGCUCCUCCCUAAUUCCGUCCGAAAUUCUCGCCGCCUUUCUUUCACGAACCCUAGGAGCUUUGACGUAUUGGGGUGCGCUCAAUCGCUGAUGCCGAUGCAUAACGUGGUGGCCGACGCUCGAUUGACAUCGCACAUUGCUGUCGACGCCAGGGCUUGUUGCGAGCUGUCUCAGGGUACCUUCUGCCGCACUUGUCAAGAUCGCUAAUUUCAUCUCCCUCUUUUUAUCUCUCUUCCUUCCUCACUUCGUACUUAAAUUGCCUGAGUUGGUAAAGGAAAAAAAAGGAAUUCUCUCAAGUUGAUGGUGAUAUUGUUGCAUGGAGCACUCUGAUGUAGGCAGCAGGAGUCUUCAGAAGUAGGUGUUGUCUACACUUUCCUUAUGUUCUGUUGGAAAGUUUACUCUAAAUAACCUGAUCAAGAUCAAAUUAAAAUUUCCUUGGAAACGCGUGCAGAUAAUCUUUUUGUCAAUACUUUGUGUAGGUGACAUUUUCUCUGUUGAUUUCAUUUAAGAAAUUAAUGGUACCCAAUUUGGUA